AUGGAGACAGUGUCAGGAAUACCUGUGGUUGAUUUUGCCACAUUGAGUGUCGACCAUGAAACCAUAUCAGCUUCAGAUGAGAGGGUGCAGGCAAUCGCAAGGCAAAUCCACGAAGCGUUCAGUACAGUGGGAUUUGUUUAUUUGAAGAACCACGGAAUCACACAAGCAAAGGUUAGGUAGCCAGAUCUUCACAAGGAAAUUGGUCAUGACCUUAGUUUUACCGAAUCCAUAAUUUUAUCUCUUCUCUUCUUUUUAUCGGAAAUCUUAGCGCGAUUUUUAGUCAUUUCGUAAGUAAAUCGACUCGUUUUCAUCAAAUUUAGGCCAAAGUGGGGAAUGAGGGGAAUCAAACGAAAAAAAAAAGCGUUAUCUAUCACCAAAUCUCAAUUCGCUGUUUUUUCGGAUCAUGUGUCCUUUUCACUACUUUCACAUAGACCAUAAUGCACCUUGCUUUGUACCCCCCUCCCCCACCCCCAGAAUUUUGCAUAACCAUUGUUUCCAAUUUCACCUGGGUAUUACAGUCGUCCUAAAAGAAAUCCACGACAAUGAUUAUACAAAGUUUUGGGAAGUAAACAGGGUGCAUGAUCUAUGUGAAAAUGGUGAAUCGGGGGGUGUCGACCAACAUCUCGGUCGACUGUCGCUCGAAAUAUCGGUCCCUCUAUGGUUUGUGUACAUGUGUGGGUCAAGUGUCGGCUGUUAUAUUGGCCAAGUAGCAUUAUACUGUCAGUUGAGUAUUGGUUGAGUGUCAGUUGACAGAUUAAGACUUUGGUGACUGCGGUGACUAGGAUGACUUGGGUGACUAGGAUGACUUAGGUGACUAGGGGGACUUGAGUGACUUAGGUGACUAGAGUGACUUGGGUGGCUGGGGUGACUUGGGGGACUAGGGUGACUUGACAGCAUAUUAACGAAUUUUAAAUUUGUAUGAAGAAACUCAUGUGAAAAGUUGUUUGCCUCUGCUUCACAAUUACCUGGAAAUACAUGGCAUUGUUAUUGGAUAAGAAAAACAACUGAUUUGCUUAAUCAAAUUCUAAUUUCUUAAAUUAUAAUUUUAAAACUUUAGUUGGGUUAAAGGGUUUUGUUUAUGAUUUGUUUGAUUGAUUUACAGCAUGUUGCCGGGAUUUUGGAAGUGUGACCAAUCGUUUGUUUCUUAAUUGUUAGACUGAUUCUGCUUAAACCGUUUGUUCGUGCUUUUUCCUUGUUUUGUAUUGUUCAAUCUUCAUGUGUAAGGUUAACUACAUUGUAAAUAGCAUAAUUAUAGGCUCUCUAGAUGAGCCCUUUAUGCUUUAAGAGCAAAUGUUGAAUAAUAACUAAACAAUAAACCUUGUACCGUUGUACUUUUAUGUCAAAAAAAUGUGCAAGAAAUUAAAUUAGGAAAUAUUACUUUGUUAAUUUGAUAGGUGGAUGAAACAUUUAAUGUUAUGGACAAGUUCUUCACACUCAGUAAAGGCAUUAAAAAAAAAUAUGGGAAAAAGGGUGAGCUAGAUGCCAAUGGCUGGGAAGCCUUGGAGAGGGAAAUGUAAGUCAAACUAAAAAUCAGUUGUGUUACGUUUAGUUGAUCAGCAUAAGUAUUAUAACAAUGUUAAUAAUAAUAUUGAAGUAGCGAUAAGUGGUAGGUUGAGGGGAUCCCCAACCCAAAUUGUGUUCACUGACAGACCAAGCUUUAGUUUAGGUCAGCUGCAUCAGGAACUGAACAAUUUUUGUUUGCAAGCAGCCACCUAUCCUAAAGUCAGCUGGACUGUCAAAAGAAGUAAACAUCUGCCAUUAAAGAGUCAUUAAUGUGGCUCUCUGAGUAUCCAUCAAAAAAGCACUGGGGCCUUUAUUGUAUAGUAAUGUUCAGAAUAAAUUAUUUAUUGGUGGUGGACAAAACACUGACUGCCAGUCCAUGGACUACCUCCAUGGGCUACCCAAAUGGACUACCCUAAAAUGGACUAUGCCACUGAAGUUUAGAGAUUAGGGUCAGGAAACUGAGUGAAUGAGGUUUCAGGUCAGUUUUCCCAGUAUAAUGAUCCUAAAUGGAACUGAUUCACUCAGUUUCCUAACUCUAAUCACUAAACUUUAGCGACAUAGUCCAUUUUAGGGUAGUCCAUAUGGGGGUAAUCCAUGGACUGGGGGUCAGUGUUUUGUCCACCACCGUAAUUUAUUAUACUUACGCAUACAAAUUAUCAUUUUGCAUGUCAACUCAGCACUGAUCCAACGAAGCCAGGUGAUCUUAAGGAAUCAUUUGACAUUGGAGCUUUUGAUGACAAAAAAUUUGUAAGUAACUUGUGGUUUUCAUAUAGAUUAGUCAAGCAGUUAUUUCUCUCAGUGUCCCCUCAACCUUUGUUAAUAGUCCCCAAAACCCAUUUUUAUAUCUAAAAAACCCAGAAAGAUGACAACCACCAAGAAAAUGUAAAAUAAAUGUUAGUGUGGAUACAUGUAAUCAAAUCAAUUUAACCAUGGGGGCUCUCAGAAAAGAGGUCCUGGCACAUCUACUUUUUGAAAGAUAAUUAUUGUCAAAUGUGAUGAUAUAUGCAUGCAGUUCCAUGUUUUCACUAACUGAGUUCUUCACAUACUUUGAGUUAGUGUUGAACAUACAGUCAACAUAGGGAUCAGACAGGUCAUGUGUCCAUCAUAAAACAAGCGUUCAUGAAAGAAACACCCUGUAAAUCAAAACAUUCCAAAUAUUUGGGGCCAUGAGGUACUGUUUUUGGCUCCUCAUAAUAAUUUAUAAGGGUUAGUCGCUGCCAAAAACAGAAUUAAUAAUUUUGUUAUUGGCACUUACGCAUGCACCUCCACCUAGUGCUCAGUUUAAUCAGCCCACAAAUUGAUUUGGUAUCAUUUUCAAAUUUCUGCAGCGCUGGCCCACAGAAGUCCCCGAUCUUCAACCAGCAGUCAAAUCCCUAUUUGAUGUGCUAAGUCUUCUUGGUGAUAGAGUGCUGUGUGCAAUGGCUUUAGGUUUAGGACUGGUGAGCGAGAGUUGAGAAUUGUUUUAAUAUCAGUUUUAAUAUAAAUUUCCAACUUAUGGCAAUUUUAAGGUCUUAUUAGUCUAAUUUGCUUUAGCAGCACGACUCUAAAAAUGCAAGCAUUUCUUUUUUUUUCCUGUGCGUGCGCCAAAAGGGGGUUAUAGUCCCAGGUGUUCCUAGUGGAGAUCGUGGAAACUGGGGAUAAGAAUCGCGACAUGUCAGAGCACCAUGCAUACGUUUUAUGAAGAAAGCUAAGAAAGAUUAAUGCAAAAGGUGUCAAGCUUUUCCAGACAAGCCAGUCCACGAAUUCUAUAGCUUUAAAGCACUGAUUACUUCCCUUGUAGAAUCAGACACUAUGUAGAAUCUAUGCAAAUGCUAUGUCACAAAGCUAUGUAAAACCUAUGUUAAUGAGUCAUACAUUGCUUUAACCAGAUCCUAUGUUGUUUCUAUGCCAGGACUAUGUUUUUUGUAUCGAAAAUGCUAUGUUUUCGCUAGUCAAACGGAACCUACUUAAAAGCUAUGCAGUUUUUAAAGGAAGGAAUAAAGGCAGAAAUGACAUAGUUUCCACAUAGCCUAUACAUACAAUUUACUUAGCUUUCAGAAAGAGAUUUUAGACUUCAUAGUCAACCUCAUAGAAAAAUCAUAGGAAAUAAAUAGCCUUCACAUAGGACUGAAAUAGAGUUUACAUAGUAAAAUGGAACAGGGGCCAGUUGAUUAAAUAGCUUUUGAAUAGGGUUUGCUUAGAAUUCAGAUAGCCUAGGAAUAGUGAAAACAUAGCCUUUUUUAAAGAUGACAUAUACUUUGCAUAGCAUUAAAAUAGGGAAAACACAGAACAAAUAGUCUUUGCAUAGGUUUGAAAUAGGAUUUUAAUAGUAUUUGAGUAGGUAAAACAUAUCACAUACAUAGCCUUUAAUUAGAGUUCAAACAGAAAUUACAUAGAAUUGACAUAGUCUUUUAUGUUGGUAGGUUUUGAUCUGCUUAAGCAAAUGUAGUGUUUAAAAUACCCUCGUAAAAAUCACCAGAAUAGUAAAAAUAGUAUACACAUAUGAAUUAGAAUAUCUUUUACAUUGGUAAGAAAUGGGUUUUGACACGAAAAAUUGAAAACUAUAGCAAUAUAAUACCACGAACACACAACACAAAUGCAGUAUUUUCAUGGAGCAGUUUCAGAAUCGAAACCCCAAGUUAAAGUUUGCUUAAUUUGCUUAUCGUGUAGACUUUUGGCUGAUGUCGUGCUCUUCAGUGCCAUACACUUUUCUUUUGACUGCAACGAAUAAGUAUCUGCAAACAGAAAAGUUGAGAUUUUAAGGCAAAUGAACACAAAAACAACCUGACGUUUUAGAAUUGAAACGAACGAGUAUCGAAGCGUGAUCGAAGGUGACCGAUCCAACUUGUUCAGGUACGCGAAAAGGGGAGACAACACGGGUAAAUCGAAACUCAAAUUGAGAAAAACAUCACUUACCAACGUUAGGAAUACUUUUUGUUGAACCUGGCAGGAAAACGACUUUAAAUUGAAGUAAAAAGAAGCGUCUUCUUGUAAAAACGCACGCUUUACAGUUCGUCUUCUUUGACUUGAAAGUGCCCGCGUGGAAUCAGCCAAUUUUCACACCUUUUCAUUGGUUGAAAAGGCCCAUGUGACGAUAAAACGCUAAAUACGCAUGUGUUGAACUCACGGGCUUCCCUGGGAACUAGUGGAAACAAAAUGGCUGACAAACACCGAGUACUGCAGCUAGCGUUUCGCAGUUUUGACCAUGAAUUUCUAUUCAGGAGUCGUCCAUAAUCAAGACGAAGGAUCGAAGCUAAUAUAAAAGAAGAAAAUGAUGCAUGGAGGUAUCAUUUCAAGUGAAGAAACUCUAGGGAAAAGCUAGAAAGGAAAGUUAAGUCAGGAAUGAUGGAUGUAGCGAUUCAAUGCUUUACAAAAAUCUUCUCACUAAGAAACUAUCUGCAAGCACAAAAAAAAUUGUAGUAAAUGAUUUUUAAGUUUUUUAGUUUUAAACACUACUUUUUACGUUGGAAGUAUGCUUUUUGUAAGCGCUAUUUAACCUGUACAAUCAACAUGCCUCGUAUUUUAAAAGGUAUGUUGAAAUAUCACAUAGAAAACGCAUAGACUACAUAUUUCUCAUGAGUGAAAAUAUAAGAAAAAUUACGUUUAUGUAAAAGCUAUUGUAACCUUUAUCUCAUGAUAAAGCUAAAUUAAAAUGUCACAUACUGAAAACAUAGGCUGCAAAUAUGUUUCAUCACUUAGCAUAGAAUAUACAUAGCACUAUGUAAAAGCUAGGAAACUUGUUGGAAAUAAAACUGAAGAUCGAGAUGCUAUGUAAAAGCUAUUUUGCUUUGUUGCAUAGUAAAUACAUAGGAUGCAAAUCGGAAGGAAAAGCAGAACUUUCUAUUGCAUAGUAAAUACAUAGCUAUGUAAAGACUAUGAAAAGAUUUUGAAUAGUAUUUGCAUAGGUAUUAGAAAAGCUAUCUACUUUUCAAAUAGCCUAAACAUAGUUUCAACAUAGAUUUUGCAUACUUUGGACUAUGUAGUGUGGUAUGCGACAUAGUUAAUACAUAGGCAGUAGUGAACAUAACAUAGCUGAAACAUAGUCCAACAUAGUAAACAAAUAGCAUGAGCAUAGGUUUUGCAUAUGUCUGGUUCUACAAGGGUUUUGGAACAAGUGGAUACUUCUGUGGUCAAAAAAAGAAGUCUAUAUGAUUGGGUGUUGUAAACUUUUGUUGUAUGCAAAUGAGUCUUGUGAUGAGCAUGCAGUUUAUGUUUGGCCAUGAGUAAAAUGACGUGCCAUAUUCAUCAGGUUUUUGAUUUCUGGCAAUGAUGUAAUUUCUCUUGAAUCAAGGCCCUUGAUUUGUGUGUAUUUAUACACGCGUACUCAAUCAAUUCAGAAACAAAUUGUUGAAUUUGAUACAUAACGUAAAUAUCCUGAAGAAUACUCGGCCGUCGAUUAAGUGGGACGUGAAAGACUUUUAGUGACGAAAUCCUGUUUCAUGUAGAAUUAAUCGCCUCCUCAUUUCUCAUCUAAUCUCCAAGUGAGACUUAACGCUUUUAAGAGCAUUCUUGUUAGAGAGGUCAUUCACAGCCUAUCAAAUUAUUUCUUUUGUUUGAAAGAUCAAAGGCUACAGACAGGGGGGAGAGUGGAAGCUGAUGGAUGAAGGAAACUACACAUGCAUUAUCCUACUAAAUAAAAUAAAAUUUGAUAUUAUUCUCACAGCUAUAACUAUUAUCACAUUAUUAUUAACUAUUAACAUAAUGAAAAUAAAUGCAUUGAUCAUAAAAAGAAAUUAUUAUUAAAUUAUUAUAAUUAUUAUUUAACUCUCUCUUACUGAAGGUUAAUAUAAUGCUGCUUGUUAAAAUCAAAUAAUAAACUGACUUGAACAUUCAACAAAUCACUCCUUUUUAUAAUCUAGUCAUAGUUGCUAUGAGAGUCCACAAAUAACCACAAAAUAUGCUCUACAAGGCACUUACUAUAUGAAUUGCCAGUACACAAAAACAAAGAGGAAUAUGUGAUGCCAUGUAAGUAAACAGCUUAAAUAAUUCAACUUCAGGGGGCAUUUUAUUGAGGCUAGAGAUUAAUGACAUUCGGGUGACUUGAAAGUAAACCAAAUAAUUACACUGAUCAUCAUACUGUUAGUAAUUAUGAGUAAUAAUGUUAAUUAAUUUAAUUAUUAAUAAUAUCGUUAAUAAUCUGAUGUAUUAUAUCACAUCACCCUUUAGCCAGCAGAUACUUUCAAGAGUUACUACAAGGAUGUUGGUACGCAGUGGGGCACAGCUUUGCUGCGCUUUAACUACUACCCAAGAAUAACUGACUUUGAGCGCAUCAAACCAGGGCAGAUAAGAUGUGGAGAACACACAGAUUAUGGAGGAAUAACUCUUCUGUUUCAAGAUGAUGCAGGAGGUUUGGAAGUAUGAAGAAACACAAUUUACAAUCUGUAGACACCCAGCCAUGAUUUUAGAUAACCUUUUCAUCUAUUUUUUUGUUAUAUAUCUGAAUAAAAAACUGCCUUACAGUGUAUAGUAUUGAAUCUCUGUAUCCUGGGGGUACAGAGGUCCAAACCUCUCACCUCCCUUACUUUGCAUUCCCAGCUCCUGAUCUUUUUCUUCCUGGCUUAAUACACUCUUUAUAAGUUAUUUUUUUAAUUCAAAAUUUUAAGCAUCGUUGCAUAAUUUCACUCUAAUCUGGUUCCCACCAGCUCCCCUGCGCACCUCUCCUACUUUCCUCUACAACCUCCCAUAACCCUCCUGCACGUCCCAGCUAUUCUUCUGGCCCAGGUAGUUCAAAAGAUGGAUAGCGCUAUCCAUCGGAUAAAUCGCUAUCCAUUGGAUAAGUAUAACGCAAACCAAUUGCACUAUCCAGUGGAUAGUGAUUUAUACAGCUUGGGCUCCCACUCUCAAGGGUGGAGAUUCUUAAUUUAAUUUCGGGCUUCUUUCAAUUUUAAAAAUUUUACAAAAUCAGGUGGAAGAAAGGUGGGUUAUUUGUUGGUAAAACAGGGAUGAACUGAAGGGACUAAUGGCAUAUUACAAACAGCUAGAGUCCUCCUUUACUUUCCAUUUCCUUGUCAUUUAAUGAAAUUUCAUAAAUAUUUAUGAGCCAUUUUUUUCGUUCAUUGUACAGGUAGUCAAUAGAGAAAAGAAUUUCGUCUCUGCAACUCCAAUCCCUGGAACAAUAAUUGUCAACAUUGCUGACUUGAUGCAGCGAUGGACUGCUGACAAAUUCGUCUCUACGGUAAAGAAGUAGGCCACUAUAAACUAUAACACCCUAAGUUUCAUAAACAGGCCAAUAAUAUUAUAUUCCACUUAAUACCAUGUAACUUUUUCAUAAAUUUCUUCCUUUGCAAUAAAAAUUGUUUGUAAUCAUAGCGAGGUUUCAAUAGACAGUCAUUUUUGGACACUGAAAACAAGGUCUUAGCCAGAUUAAAAAUAAAUGGUAAAAAUCUCUUGUAAUUUUAUGGGAAAACAUACCUCUUGCAUACUGGUAUGUAUGUGUGUUUGUGUGAGGGAGGGGGUACUCCCUAUCAUGGCCUCUACAGGAAAGCUCCACCCGAAAGGGGUACCACCUUUUCCAGGUUUCAGGUAUAUGAAAGGCUACAGGUUUCACGUGUUCAGGUAUAUUUAAGGGUAGCAAAAUAUGUCAUUUUAGUCGGUAAAAAUGCCCAAAAGGGCUAACAGACACAUUUUAUGCCUGUGAAAAAGUUGAGAAAAUGUUCUGGUUUUGCGAUUUAUAAGCAGUAUAAAAGGAUGCAAAGUUCUAGACUAGGUACGUAAAAGAUGUACCAUUUGUCAAUAAUGGUAUAUAAAAGGGUAAGGAGUUAGACUGCAGCAUGGGACCUCCCGGUAUAACACUUUGUUGAUUACCCCCUCCCCCCUGGACAUGCAUAUCCAUUUUCAAAGAAUGGAUAAAAGCCAGCUUUUUGGAACAAAUAAAAAACAAAAAUGGUUUCUGGUAGCUGGCAUGAAAAGGGCCCACACUAUGAAUUGAAACAGUUUUAAAAGAACCUACCAAGAUUGCAGAAGCCAAGUGCAGAUAAUUCUGCAACUAAAUCCUAUGAAAUCACUAACCAGCUUAUCUGGUGACAGGUUCACCGAGUCAUCAUACCAGAAGAAGAACUCAAGCGAUGCACUCCAAGACGUUCUGUGGCGUUCUUUUAUGACCCUGACUGGAAAGCAAAGAUUUCAUGUCUUGAUGGCUCAAAUAAAUACCCACCAAUCAAAUGUGGGAAAUAUGUCUCCCAAGUUAUGAAGGGCACUUUCAGCUUUUGA